UAGGCAUAGAGUGUUGUGGUUUAGCCUAUCUGUGAUUUCCCCCAACCUACCUAUGAGUAGGCCUAGGCUACAAGUGAAGGGCACUUGAGUAAAAGGACGAGUUUUAAGUUGGGCAGACCAUGUUUUAGACUGCUAAUAACUGUGUUACUUCUUGCAAUGUGUUGAUGGCAUGGUGAUUGUCAACUGUAAUUAUUACUAAUCUAGUAGAAACGCUAUUUCGAGUUGGAUCACUAUUUAAUAAAAAUGAUCAGAUGAAUGAUUACCUUCCUGUCGCUGAAUGUCACCUAUGCAUUCUCUUACAAUCAUAAUUUAUAGUCUGGGAAAAACCUGAUUGACAGAAAAUGGCAAUCAGUUCUACGAGAAAGAAGCCCCCUCCUCCGCUGGAUAAGCAAUGGGCGUGGAUGAUUGUUUUGGGUGUGUUUAUCUAUGCCUUCUUCAUGGUUGGACUGGCCAAAUCCUAUGGCCUGCUUUUGUUGGCAUUCCAGCAAAAAUUUGAAGUAUCCACAGCUGUAGCCUUGCUGCCCAUGAGUGUGUCUGCUUUUGUGUAUGCUUUUGGUGCUCCAACUGCUUUAAUCAUUGGUGAAAGAAUCACACCACAGAGAGUAAUUAUCUUUGGAGCAGUAGUUGGUCUUAUUGGGUUGGCACUUAGCAGUCUGCUCGUCAGCAUGCCUUACGUCAUAGUUAUGUAUGGAGUUAGUGUUGGAAUCGGCAACUCCAGUUUCUAUGGAAACGGCCUUGUCAUGCUGGGAAAGUACUUCAGGAAAUUCCGGACCCUGGCUACAGGCAUGGGUCUGGCAGGGGCCAGUAUUGGUCAGUUCCUGAUGCCCCUGAUCAUUGACCACCUCCUGGAGUCCUACGGCCUGGGUGGCACCUUGCUGAUCAUCUCCGCCUUGUACUUCCACGCUGCCAUCUCUGGGUUUCUGUUUCGACCCAUUGAAAGCUACGGGCCUGAGGAGGUGGUCAAAGCUGAAGUAAAGCAGCCUCAAGCCAAUGGUGAGGGGCAACUAGCCAAAACAAACAAGGAGUUCAACUCAGCUGACAAAGAUGACGGGAUAGCGAGACCACUUCUAAAUAACGGACCAAAUGGUACCUUACACUCAACAGACCAAAAUAACAUUGAAGAAAUUAGCAACAAAAAUGACGCCGAUGCUGAUAAACGUUAUGAUGAAAACAGAAGUGACCAAUGGGAUGAUUCCGUUGAUGACCAGUUCUACAUCCAGCGCAGGGCCAUGCUAACCAGUACAGGCAGCGUCUACCUUGUGUCCCCCUCCGUUCAGGAUGUCUCCAACAUUGACGAGAAGGCGCACAAAGUGGACAUCGCAAAAUCCAAAUCACUGACUGGCUGGCGCCGCGUCAUUGAUUUCACCGUCUUGAAAAGCUACAUCACCUUGUUUUUUACCCUAGCGUCUUUUCUCUGUUUCUUCGGAUAUUUUAAUUUCAUCCUGCUGCUGCCUCCGAUAUGUCAAAAAAAGGGCUUCCGCGGGUUUGAAAAUGCAGCUUUAAUAUCCGCCUGCGGAGUUGGUGAUCUCAUAGCCAGGAUAAGCACUGGGAUAUUUGCGGACCUAAAUCUGGUGGCGAGGUACAAGAUCAAAUCCUUCGCCUGCCUACUCUGCGGUGUGAAUAUAUUUGUUAUACUGUUUGCUGAUACGUUUUACUGGUUGGCGUUUCAUUCGUUCAUGUACGGAUUAGUUGGAGGAAGCUACGUCUGCUUGAUGUCUGUGGUGCUUGUGGAUUUUGUGGGCGUGGCGCUCAUGGCGAAAAAUUUGGCUGUUGUGUUGCUGAUUCAAGGGAUAGGAGCUUCACUUGGUCAAAUUUUCCUCGGUUGGGUCACCGACACAACUGGAUCAUUCACAGCCGUGAUCCUCAUAUGUUCUGCCAGUCUGGUGCUGGGGGCUCUGCUGCUGCUCAUGUACCCUCUGGUCAGGCGCUGUGAGGAUUCUAGACUGGACAGGUUGAGGAAGAAACAUGAGCAAGAUUACAUGACUCCUGCAUGAUACUUGUUGUGUAUUUUUUUGAGUUAUAUCCCUUUGUUAAUGAAUCAAGUGAAUUGAAGUUUUAGUUUUUAAUAUAAUUACCCUGAUGUUAGAUGUGAUUUAUAUAUAUAUAUAUAUAAAUUGGUCACAUAUUAUGUGUAUAUUCAGUUGUUUUUCAGAAGUUUUAUUGCUUUAUUACUUAGGCAUUGCAAUGUUUAAUUGUUUAUUGUUGUUUAGAAGUACUUUAAUGUUCAUGUUAUGUUGUAUUUAAAUGAAGGUUCAGCCAAAUUGCAUGUUUUUACCGCAAUUUCCAUACGGACAAUUGCGAUUAUUAACUCCUCAUUUCUGGAUGGAUGUGUGUCCCCAGCUUUAAGUCGUAUCUCCUCCUCAACGAAGCAAUAUCGAGGACUAGUUCCAAA